CUGCAGGUGUUUUGCAGUAAUUAUUUUUCUCUUUCUGUAUUUAUUUUUUUUACCGAAACCCCGCGAGAAAAAAAAUCUUAGGGAGAUCCCAGCAUCUCUUCUCCGACCUUCCUUUUCAGACAAAAGAACGCCACUCUCAUUGCUCACUUAUGGCCAGCCACAUCAUCGGCAACCGCAACAGCACUCCGGAAGCUUCCAAGUCUAGUCUUCGUCCGCCUUCCUCUUCGCGAAACCUAGGGUCGCAUCAGUUGCGAGCAUCGGCCGAUAUGUCGGGCUUCCCCUCCCCGCUGUCUUCCCGCAGCAUUCGUCCUUCGUCCGAGGUCUUCUUCAACCAGCAAUCGCAAAACUCGAACAACACGGAGGAUCCUCUGGAUCGUGCGGCUCAGCAAUGGCUCGCGGACAUUGAUCAGUACGAGACCACACUGGAGGAGAUGGCGGCGGCCACCUUGGAUCAGGAUUUCAAGGACGAGCUUAGUGCCAUUGAACAAUGGUUCCGCGUGCUCAGUGAGGCCGAAAGGACUGCUGCGCUCUAUGCUCUGCUGCAGCAGACCACGCAGGUGCAGAUUCGUUUCUUCAUCCAGGUCCUGCAGCAGAUGGCCAAGAGUCACCCGAUGUCGGGGUUGUUGUCUCCGGCCAACUUUGGAGAGAAGGACGCUAUGUCCAACCGGCUCAACGAUGCCAUGUCCAAGUUGAAUGUGGACAGCUCACGAAACUCUCUGGGUCGCCCGCCCCCCUCCCCGGGCGCCAAGCGCAACUCUGGACUCGAUUCCUCCACUAUUAACGCCAUGUUCCCUGAUGCAGCGGCGGCCAUCGCCAAGAAGAAGGCUGAGUUCACUCAGCAGACCGGCAAUGCGCCCCCUUCCAACCGGAACAGCGCUGUCUUUGGAGAUCGGACCUCCUUCGUUGCUCCUACCAUCUCAGCCCCAGACAACAAUACCGACAAUCUGGGCCAGCCUCCCGUUUCUCCUUGGGUGCAGCGCGGCUCAGAGCCCCAGCCUCCCAUUGCUCGGCCCAAGUCCUCCUCGGGCCAGCAGCCAAUGGGCCAGUUUAGCCAGAAUCCCUCCAGCCUGCGUUCACCUUUGCCCACCCAAACGGCCACGAUUCCUGCUCCGGAGAUUGAUGCUCCGCUGCUCUCCCCUUACAAUGUUGGAAAUGCCAGCUGGGCUUCCAUGACCAACACCCCGAUGACAGCUACGUUUGGGCAGCAAGCACAGCACCCCCCGCAGGGUUCGCAGGCCGAUAUGGUGGCUAACGCGACAGCAAUGAAAUUGGCCGCGCUGUCGACCGUGAACAACCGGAUUGCGCUUGAUGAUGCUCGCAAAUAUCGCCGGGCCCGCUCGAACGAUGGCCAGGGCAAGAACUCGGUCAGCCACCUCGGCCCCCCGCCUCUGGCCAGCCCGGGACUGCCCACUCCUAACCAGCUGAUGGCCAAUCAGUUGUUGAAUGCUCAGCAGCUGGCUACCCUGCAGGCGCACCAGCAAGCUGCUCUGGCUGGUCGUCGCUCUCGUCCCACCUCGCCCGGAAUCGCCAUGCAGGGCGGUGGUCUGGGCCACAUAAACUUCACCUCCCCGCAGAACAACGGGUUCCUCGCUGCGUACGAUCCCAACAACCCGCUGAUGGGGAAUGGGCUGAGUGCGCUGGGCAUGGGGCAGUUCGGGUUGGGCGGUCACGAGGGCUACCUCUCGGACCACUCGGAGGUGGCUCGCGGCCGGUCGCCGCGCGGUCGUCGGGGCAGCUCGAAGCCGCCAGAGGAUCCCACCGACCCCGCCCUGCUGAAGGAUAUUCCCAGCUGGCUGAGAUCGCUGCGGUUGCACAAGUACACUGAUAACCUGAAGGACCUCAAAUGGACGGAGUUGGUUGAAUUAAGCGACAAAGCUCUGGAAGAGCGCGGCGUGAAUGCUCUGGGCGCGCGCAACAAGAUGCUCAAGGUCUUUGAGCAAGUUCGCGAAGCCAAAGCCGAGGGCAAGCUUGACAACAUUGCUUGAAUGCACCGAUUGCAUCCACACUCAUUCAUGCACUCAUUCUUGAAUUGGACGACGUUUCUGCUUACAUUCUCUCUACUGCAUUAAUUGACCUAGAUUGGCUUGGGGCAUACGUGGCAGGAUCCGAAAUG